CUCUUUCUUUCUCUAAAGUUUCAACCAAAAAAAAUGGGUGGGGCUUCUGUAUGUAGAAUGGUAGUAACAAUGUUGGCUAUGUUCAUGUUGAGCAGCACAGUUUCUGCAGAUCCAGAAAUGCUUCAAGAUAUUUGUGUUGCUGAUCUCACUUCUGCUGUGAAAGUCAACGGAUUCACAUGCAAGUCAAACGUGACGGCGGAUGACUUCUUCUUCGCCGGUCUAGCUAAACCGGCCCUCACAAACACCACCACCGGAGCGGCGGUCACCGGCGCCAACGUCCAGAGAAUCCCGGGACUCAACACCCUCGGAGUUUCCCUCGGCCGGAUCGACUACGCGCCCGGCGGCCUGAACCCGCCGCACACCCACCCACGCGCCACCGAGGUUGUGUUCGUGCUGGAAGGAGAACUCGACGUGGGCUUCAUCACCACCGCAAAUAUCUUGUACUCCAAGACAAUCAAGAAGGGGGAGGUCUUCGUUUUCCCCAAAGGGCUCGUGCACUUCCAGAAGAACAACGGCAAAUCGAACGCCGCCGUCGUCGCCGCCUUCAACAGCCAGCUCCCCGGGACGCAGUCGAUCGCCGCCACCUUGUUUGCGGCGGCGCCGCCGGUGCCGGAUAAUGUCCUGACGACGGCGUUUCAGGUCGGGACGAAGGAGGUCCAGAAGAUCAAGUCCAAGUUCGCGCCAAAGAAAUGAAAAGAUUUUUAUUUCUUUUAUUUUAAGUAAAAUUUGUUAAUUGAUUUUUUUUUUUUUAAUAUUGUUUGGAUAAAUUUGAUUAUUUUAUUAUUAUGCAAUUGGAAUAAUUGUUGCAACUUGUAACACGAGAUAUUUCUGUCAUUUUGUGUCAUUAUGAAUAAAAAUUGGAAUUUCCUGAAAAA